GCAAUCGUUUGGUCCCUAUGGGAAAGUGUACCCUCUUCCUCCUCGUCCCUUCAUUGAUGUGUAUAAACUGACCUUUUCCUGCAGAAAAUGGUGGAAGUGCGAGCUCAAGUGUUAGGUGGGCCAGUGCACCUUGCAGGUGACACAGUACAGGUCUGCAUCACCAUCACAGUUCCCUCAUUAGAUCCAGCUCUUCGAGCUCAGUCUAGUGAUGUGUGUGAAGUUCUUGCAUGGGGAAGUGCACAGAUUCAUUGUCAGUGUUCUGUAAAUGAGUCCAGGGUGCGAUUGCCAACUUUCAGUCCCAAGCAAGCAGAAGAGCGAGCUGUCACUAAUGCUGAUACAUCAUUUGCCCCGUGUAGAGGGGAACGAGGUCAUGUUGUUCUAUCAACAAAACCAAAGAUCCUCUUCUGUGACCUCCAACUCCUGCCUGGUGAAAGUCGAUCAUUUGUAUACAGAGAGAUACUUCCAUGUGAUGCUCCUCCAACUUAUCGUGGUCAGCUGCUGAAGUAUGCCUACAAGAUUACCAUUGGUACUCAGAGGCUAGGAUCACCAACCAAGCUUCUUCGUGUUCCCAUCAGAGUCAUUGUGUUGCGAGGAUUAAGUGAAGCUUGUGUUUAUAGUGAAAGUGGGGAAUUAGCACCAACCAAUCCAUUCCUGCACACGCCUCACCGAGACACGCCUAGACACACUGCUCUUCAGAUUAUUCAGAAUGUGUCGACUCGCAAGAACUUAAGUCAAUAUAAUAUAACAAACACCCGAGGCAAAGUAGUACGGUUUUGCAUUUACAAGACCAGUUUCAGACUUGGAGAGGAUAUUGUAGCUACUUUUGACUUUAGCACAGCUGAGGUACCAUGUGUCCAGUAUUCCGUAACACUACAAAGUGAGGAAAUUAUUGCUGAAUCAUGCCGCCAGCGUCCAUCUCUAAAACCAAUGGUCGUGCCUUAUAGCAAGGCUCAUGAAGUGUGUCUCAACCUGUCACACACACACCUCCUGCUACCAAUUCCUCUACAUGUUACACCAACUUUUAACACAGAUAUGG